CUGGACUGUAGCAUGCGACUCCUCCAUCUUGUUCUCGUCGUCCUGGCCAUGGCGCUGGCCGUCGUCGCCGACCCGCCGCCCAAGGAGGACGACCCCGCGCUCUCCAAGAUCCGCGUCCUGCGCAACGAAGCGCUCAAGCUCAAGGACAAGCGCGCCUACGGGCAGUCGGUGCAGAAGCUCGACAAGGCCAUCCGGUCGCUCCGGGACCUCCACGAGUCUCGCACGGACGCCAAGAAGCGGACGGCCGACGCAGCGCUUCUGGGGCAGACGCUCAACGAGCUCGGGAACGUCCUCGCGCUGGACCAGCGCUACGAAGAUGCGGAGCGCGUCCUGAAGCAGUCGGUCGACCUCAACUUGAAGGUCCUCGGCGACUCGCACCCGUCGUACUCACUCGCGCUGCGCAACCUCGCUGAGGUGUACAUGGCGCUCGACAAGUACGACGAAGCGAUCUCGAGCUACAAGACGCUCAAGUUCCACGCGCAGCAAGGUCUCGGCCAGCAGCACGCCGCCUGCAUCGACGCCUCGCGUCGCAUGGGCGAGUCUUUCCAGAAGCUCGGCAAGUUCAAGAAGGCCGUCAAAGUCUACAAGACCAUUCUCAAGCAGCUCGACCUCCCGACGCCCGAGAGCUCCGGGGAGAUCAUGGGCGAACCUGGCGUCGGUGAAAUCUUCAUGGGCCUCGCAAGCAGCCUCCUCCGCGUCGACAAGCUCGACGAAGCGAUCCAGUACGGCGAGCGCGCCGAGCACAUCAUGCGUGUUCGCGAUGGCGAGAACUCGAUGGGCUACGCCUUUAGCCAGAACGUGCUCGCGGGGAUUUACACGCACAAGGGCGAAGAAGACGUGGCGCUCGACUACCUCGAGACGGCGCAGCGCAUUGCAGUCCGCGAAUAUGGCUUGACGCAUGAGAUCGUUAAGGCCGGUCAGCGCAACAUUGAGCGCCUCCAAGACCGUGUGCAGGAGAAGAAGGACCGGAAGAAGAGGAAAGCAGAGUUGGAGGCUGCCACGGACGAGAAGACGGAGUUGUAGAUCAUCGACUCGUCUCGUAGUUAGUCGGUCGUGUCAACUAUACAAGGACCUAAAACCUUUUUCGAACGAAACGCCUGCGUAUCCGA